AUGUCACUUCGACUCCACGACAAUGUUUCCUCAAGUAGUGGUAAUUUGACUUUGUUGUGCAGAAUGCAAAUUAUACUUGUAAUUAAACGAAGCCCCAUGACUAAGGUGAUUUCGCUAAAGAUUAAGAAGCUUGGUAAUAGAACCAAAGUCACUGCGUCAUUUACAUGGUUAGAAUCAGUUAAGAGUGUUGACAUUUUUUCAGUUGCUGUAAGAAAAACCAAACCAUGGUUUGAGAAAGCAUCUCAAUCCUAUUUUUGCAACGGCGAACCAAUAAUACAGUCAUUUUUUGCAAAAAUAAUACCGCUAUGUCAGGAUAAUCAAGGCUAUAAUUCUCCAAAUUCACCUACUCUAAUGCAAUUCAUGGUUUCUGGAAAUUACAUGAAUUCUCUCAAUCCAACAGCAAAAUUCAUAUUUUACAAACAAAUUGAUCUUAAUCAGCUUUUACUUACUUCUAUUAAAUAUCAAAUAUUUAAAUGCUUUUUGAAUAAAGUAUUUGCUACUGAGGAGAAAUGUCAAUGGGGUUGUCGACCUCAUUUUGCUACCACUAGCGUGAUUAUGGAAGGUCAAAACGACUACCAAAAUGAGAAAUGUGGAAUGAUUGUUCCCAAAAAUAGAAAUUUAAAAGAACCGUUUAAUUCAGUUUUUAGUAUAAACGAAUCAAUUGGUGCUUUUCUGGUUCAGCUAAGCUUGUGCAUAUCUCUUAAAAGGGCGUUUUUGCAACGGAUAGAAUGA